GAACGUACCAAAAUUUUAGGAUGGAACUCCCUAUCUGUACAGGACUUUCCCGAUUAUUUUAGUGCAAGAUGGUACAGAGGUAUUUAUGUAGGUCACCAGCCUCACGUAGUGUAGACCCGUUCAUACAGUACUUGACAAACGGAAGCAACGAGUUUAUUGUCAAUGGUGAAUCACAUUCAGCAAGCCGAAACGAGAAGUCUAGGAGAAGCACCAGUAAAACAAGUCCCAAAAAUGCCGAAAGAAAAAGUACCUCAAAAUCUGCUCAUUGGAGAAAACGUAAUGAGCAGAACAGAUUCCAGUGUGAUAAAUGUCCGUAUUCAACACUGCAUAGGGAUCUUGGUCGACACAUGAAAAGACACGAAGAUGUCCGAUUCCCAUGUGAUAUUUGUAACAUGCCAUUUAUGUUACGCGCUUAUCUCAACAGUCAUAAAGAGGCGGUCCAUGGAAUCCAACGGAAAAAUGCCCGGAAGAUACACAAGUGUCCGGAGUGUGAUUACACGACCAGACACGAUUCGGAUAUAUCUCGGCAUAGGAGGAGACAUAGGAAUGCUGUUGAUAGCUGUAUUUACUGCUUCCGGCCAUUUUAUAACGUUGGAAAUUUAGUGACACACAUGAAACGUGAGCACAGGCAUGCCGAACGGAAAGGAAAAGUGGAGGAUUCUAAAUUCAGAAAUCAAAAAUUGUCCGGAUGUUGUAAAGAAAACAGAGAACGGUACAUGACCGAUAUUAAACAACAAGAUGAAGAUAAACAUAUUACUCUCAAUGACAAAGAAUCGAUCACCGAUAUUAGUUACCAAAGAGCUAAAAGGAGAAAAACAAACAAUAAAUGUUUAGUAAUGGAUGUAGAUGACACAUAUAGCAAAUCAGAUUAUAAAGAUGAUAUGAAUGAAGAUGAGCUCUAUGAAGAUAAACUUCAAGAUGAGUUUGAAAACACUGAAGAUGAGCUCAGUAAUGAUACAGUAGAAAAUGAGGUUGAAAACAAAGACAUUUACUGUGCUCUUGAGCAAGAAGUAUACACUUAUUGUAACAGUGAUAAUAACGAGUCUGACAAUUAUAUAGACAACACAACGAGCGAAAACAGAAGUAAAGAACAGAGAGAAGAAAUAGAUGAAGAAGGGAUAAUGAAAAACAUGCACACCGAGAACAACGCUGAUGGAUAUAAUGAAACGGCAACAUCAACUGAGAAAGAUUCCAAAGACUCCGACAGAUAUUUAAGAAACCUAAUGAACUGUGCUUUCUGUGAAUUCAGUGCUAGAAAUUUAAAAGAAUUACAAAAACACUUAGAUGAUCAUGACAAUGAUAUAAAUAUCCCAGAAUGUACUGAUGACGACAAUUUACCUGAGCAUUCUUAUACCAGCCUUAUAGACAGCACAUCUCUGUCCGAAACAAGUAUAAUUAUGGACAAUGAGAAUAACAUGUUUUUAUGCAUGCAAAGUAUUGGAACCGGAAGCAACAACACAGAUGAAGAAACCAGUCUUCUGAAAACAACAGACUCGGGCGACAAAGUGUUAAGAAUUGUAGAUGACGCUGAAAGUAUAUGCGGAAGCAAAAGGUCGACAGACUCACAUUCUGUCCAAUACCCUGAAGAAUCAAGUGGUGCUUUAAAUAUAUUCAGUGUAUGUGCGUCCAAGAUUGAAAAUGAUGAUGAAUUCAAAAAGAGGCCAUUUGCCUGCUCCAAGUGCUUUUUUAAAACAGGUAACCUGGAACACUUAAAAAUCCACGUAGAAGCCCAUUUGUAUGACACUAUAAGAACAGCACAUAAAGUUAAACGAAGAAAUUUGUCUCACGGGACAGUAGCGCAGCAUCCAGGAAAUAACAAAUUAAACGAUGCAACGAUUCAACAGAAGGAUUUACGGUAUUCAGAAAGUGAUGAAAACUGUCUUAUUGGAAGGCUCAGUAAGAAAGAUUUUAAGAAACAUAGAAAGUGUUACACAGAGCAUCAAACUGGUGAAGAGGCAACCUUUGAAUGUUUGGUUUGUGUGAUAGGUACUCAUUUUGAAACCAGGGAAGAAAUACAGGAACAUUUUUCAAAGAAACAUAAAAAACUUAGAGAAAAAAUUUGUGAAACAUGUUCACAUUGUUCAAAACCGUUUCCGUAAUAACUAAAAAUCGUAUUUCAGUUGCUGUGUUACAGCCUUUUACAUUUACAUUUACGUGAAAUGAAAUGUUGAUGAAAUAUCCUCCUUGUAAACGUGUGUAGAACUUUUUCUUAUGACUUAAUUGUUACUGCAGUGUUGCACGAAAAUACAUUUGUCGUACUCUAUUACGUCAGUAUAUAUGAAAUACAUUGACCUACGUUUUAGUUUUACAUAUC